UUGAAAUUCAGUGUACGGGUACCGGGCUUUUCUUUGACGAACGGUAUAUAAUUAGUCCACCGAGAGCAUAUGGCUCUAUUGUUCUUCGCAUCUAGAAAUCAGAAGAAUAGUUGCUUGCUUCGGAAAACGGCAGGGAAACAGAAUUUCCCAUUCGGAGAUUGUAUCCUAGCAACGCAUCUAGCAAUACAAUAGUGGUCAAGUGUCCAAGCAGAAGGAGAGCACACGAAGCGACAAGCUUUUCCUGAUUGUGGAGAGAGACCACUCCACGCCACAUACCCUCACAACACAACGCAACGCAACGCGAUGCAUUCGGUAAGCCAGGCAAUGGAGUUGAUCUUCUCAUUCUAUGGUGUGGCGUUGUUGCUAGCCAGCAACAUCGAUGCCUUUUCUGGUCAGCCCCAGUCUAGCAAGAACCCCGUCCGGGUCCUGGUGACUGGGGCUGCGGGGAAGACGGGCCGGAUAGUCUUGUCCAAGCUCGAGGAGGACCACAGGUACGAACCCAAGGGCUUGUUUCGGACCGAGAAAUCAGCCCGAAGGAUUGUCAAAAACGUCGACACCAAGUGCCCGCUCGAGCACGUUGUCAUCGCCGACGUGACAAGCCCCACGUUUCUGGACGAUCUGUCCUCCAGCAACGACAGCAGCAGCAAUAGCAGCGACCACCACAGCGAAACAACGGUGCUCUGCGGAAAAACCGAUCAGAGCGAGAAAUGCAACGGUCUCGCAAAGAUGGACGCCAUGAUCAUCUGCACGUCGGCAGUUCCGCGAAUCCGAAAGCGAUCCCUGGCCGCUAUGUUGGUCCUGGCACCCUGGCGGGCCCUUCGAGGCAAGCCGAUCAUGAACGUUCGCUCGAUGCGCUUUGCCUGGAAACACGGGGACUAUCCCGAAAAGGUCGACUACAAGGGCCAAAAGGCCCAGAUUGACCUAGCCAAGCGGCUUGGGAUCCCCCACGUGGUGCUUAUCUCGUCCAUGGGCGGGACCAACCCCGACAAUUUUCUCAACUCGGUGGGUAAGCACCACCAUCAGCAGCACCAGGAAGAAGAAAAAGAUAAACAACUCAGAUACAAGCAAGGAGAAGGUCACGGGGACAUUCUACUUUGGAAACGAAAGGCCGAAAAAUACCUGGUGGAGGUGAGUGUGGUGUUUGCGUCGUGUUUUUGGAAACUGGGAUUGGUUGUUUGUAUGGAGAAAAUAAUCAAAACCAAUAUGGUCUGAUUUUUUUAAUUUGAUCUUUUUCUUUCGGAUCUGUCGUGAAUCGAAAUGAAUUUCCGUGUGGACCUUUCUGCAUAUUUCAUUCUACACAAUACCGCUCUAUAAUUGUCCAUCACUAGAGCGGCCUUGAUUACACCAUCCUUCACCCUGGUGGCCUGGUGGACAGCCCGGGUGGAAAGGGCGAGUUUGUCUUUGGCGUGGACGACCACCUCCUCGAGCUCAACCACAACGAAGAGCAGCCGGCGGUGCGCACCCGCAUCAGCCGCUCCGACAUUGCCGAUUUGUGCGUCGCUGCUCUCAGCGCUGGAAAGGGGAAGAAAGUCUCCCUAGAUUGCAUCACCGUUCCAUCUUCCACGCGGUCCACGCUGAUGGGACACGGUCAUUCCUUCCGGAUGGUAUCUCCCGGGAUGGGGAUCCCGGAGGCAAAGGGGAGCGAAUCAGGAGGGAGGAAAUCGAAAUCAAAAAGGAAGCCCGUCAAUUUAGGUAGUGAUACUAGGAGCAGGAGCAGCACUACAGCCGCGACACCGACGGCGACUCUUUCUGCCGAUGCUAGCACCACCGCAGAAGCGCGGCUAGCCAUCGAAACAGAGAAACAGGGGAGACAAAAGUCGGCGGAAGAAUCCCUCUCCGAAUUUGUCGAUCUUUCCAUCACUGCGAACUACGAUCUGGGCGUCGACAAGUUGUGAACAAAUGAAUAAAUGAUUCACAGCAAAUGGAUUAUGCGCUUCAAUGAGAUUCGAAUCGAUGCAAUUCGAUUCUAACUUAUACGAAGGGAAUGCAUGUCGACUCCACAUAGAUUCCAUCUCGAAGUCAAAUCAAUCUAUUUGGAAGCUCUUGGCCCAGCUUUCUAUUACCGAUCUUACAAUGCCAUAGGAUAUCAAUAUCCAAACCAACACACGCACACAGCUAUACUAAACACAACUCCAACGCUACGGUAGCACAAUUACACACACAAUUACACACACACACACACACACACACACAUUCACAACAUGCACACACAAUCCGCACAGAUGCUUCGUCUUGAUCCGACGACGUCUUGCACACGAUGUCACUGUUUCGUGGUUCUUCCAUUUCCAAACUUCGUCAAGCUACACAUUUCUUCAUUCCGACGACGCGAAUCAACAGACACGAAACAAACAAAACAAAAGCAACCGGAAUCUUCAUACAUACAAUAUAAAGAACACGACACAACGACUGUGUCCGAACCACGAGACCGGUGCGAAUCGAGUUCAGUUGUAUUGCAUCUGUUCCGCUCAAAGAAGAACACAAUUUUUAUGCACACAACGAAACGGCCCACCCACCCACAUCCACACGUACACAUAUUAUGAUGUAUCCUUAGGUAUUUUACUGUAUACUCUGGAGCAGAUAGAUGUAUCAGCUAGAUUCAUUUCAACCGUCCCUGUCGGAAUUUCGCGACAAUACAGUAUACAACAAGUGUAAUAAUAAUAUAAUAUACAG